CAUUACAGCACAGCACAGCGCCUCGUCCUCGCCCCUCUGCCUCUUGUUCUAGAUCUCUCCUACUUCCCCUGCUCCCCUACACUUUGAUUUCCUUCUCUGGCCUCCGGAUUCGGAGCCCGGAACUCACCAACGAAGGCUGCCCUCUUCUGGCGGCAGCUCUUGGUGUAAGAUAGGCACCAAAUUGUCCAAGAUUGCGAGGGACUGACCAAUCAGAGUUCUUGUCUGCACGUAUAAGCUCUAUAGAAAGAUGGCGGUUUCACUGCGCUACUCGAUUAGUCUUGGGCCAAUACCAAUCAAGAAUGCAGCAGCCCCUGGAGGAGGAGCAAGUUACCCGCCUCUCCAGCAUCCAGAGCAGACGAGAGCAGCCAGAGCAGUGUGCCAGAAACCGAGGGUCUGUCGGACGUAUGCGUCUUCAGCUCAUGCUUGCCCGGAGCGGUUGUCCCCACCGCAGCUCCACCGGGUAGAUCGCUUUGGAAGCAUGAGGGCUGCGGUGCUCUGCGGGAGGAGCACAAGGGCAGGAAGAGAGCUUCCUCUCGAGACAGGAUUACAAAUGUGGCGGUGAGACCUUGCUCCAUCACUUCUUGGAGAUGAGUGAAUUCCGCGGCAGUUUUACUCUCUGCGGGGUGGAGGUGCUUUUUGCAUUUAGAUUAGUCUGGACUGUUGUACAGUGAGAUAGCAGUGGAUCGAAAUCUCUGCCUGCAAUUAAAGAAACAUUUCCAGUGCAAAUGGCAUGAAAAAGGUUUCCAAGAGAUCAGCGACAGCUCCAAACAUUCAGAAAAGCAGCAAAGUCUGGCAAAGAAGAACUGCCUGCAGAUCAUCAGCAGCAGGAGCUGCAGGACCGUACAGUUCAUAUCUUCUUGCCGCACACUACAUCAGCAUGGCAUAAGAAUCUCGAAGAGUACUCUGGACAUCCACGUCUCGUCCAUCCUCUCUGUCUUUGACGACGACCUGCUGGCUGCUGGAUUUAUACAAUUCCCCGAACAUACUCAUCUAGACCUAUCUCUAUUGAUUGCGCAAAACACC